GUGGUUUCCCGUGUCUCUCACACACUGUUCUGUGUCAUCAGGCGUGGUGUGUGAGCGCGUUUGAGGAAGUGGGCGUGAGACAGUGUGUUUAUUUUCACCCUCUUUGCCUCCACUGCACAUACACUGACUCUUGGUGAGAAGAGCCAGAGCGUCCUUCACUGCAUCAGAGUAACUUUAUUGACUUCUGCAUUAGUUCGCAUUCAGUGUGAUUUGGACUUUACUAAGGAAGUCUUAGUGGAGGCAGUGAGUUAAAGUCUGAUCAUGGUCAUGCCGACUCUGUGUCAAGCCGCCUUCACGGCUCUCCGGCAGAUAUGGCCGGUGUUAGUGCUGGAGCAGCUGGGCAGCACUUUCUUCGACACCGCCCUGCAGAUGGUGGCCAAGGACCGGUCUGCCAACGCCACCUACCCCGAUGCGCACCUCUCCACGGGGGACAGCCAGCAGAAGUUCAUGACGGACUUCUUUAUGAUCUACAACCUCAUCAUCAGGCUAGUUCCGAUCAUACCCUCGAUGCUGCUGGCCAGGUUAGGUGACCGCGGCUGGAGGAGAGUCCCCAUCUUAGUGCCCCUCAGCGGGUACCUGCUGUCCAGGCUCGCCCUGCUCCUGGUGGUGAUAUUCCGCUUCCCUCUGGAGGUGAUGUACGGCGCGGGGGUUGUCUUCGGGCUGUCCGGGGGAUUCUGUGCCUUCUGGCCCGGCGUGAUGACGCUGGUGUCGCUCUCCUCCACCGCUGCUGACCGCUCCAAGGUGAUGAUGAAGGUGGAGCUGCUGUAUGGGAUAGCAGGUCUGGUGGGCAGCCUCAUGUCGGGUCAUCUGUUCCUGCUGUACAGCUCCAGUCUGGGAAACGGGACCAUCCUGCUCACUGUGAGCGCACUGCUGCACCUGCUCUGCCUCAUACACUCCAUAGUCCUGCUGCAGGUCAAACCAGUAUCCAACAGCGAGCCAGAGGACAACUGCCACCUCCUCUCUCAUGACUCCAGCGAAGUUCCCGUGGAAGCUCCUGCUGGGAGAAGCAUGCUGAACGUGGCUCUCUUGUUUGCAGCUGCCAUGCUGUACACCUCUGCAGUGGGUGGAGCCAUAGAAAUACUGGGCAUCUUUGUGCUCAAAGAGCCACUCAGCUGGAAUGCUGCUCAGGUGGGUUAUGGGAACGCAGCAGGCUGUUUAAUUUUCAUCACCAGUUUCCUUGGUGUCACGGUGUUCCGCCGCUGUGCCAGCGACGUGGCACUCAUCCUGAUCGGCAUGCUGUCAUUCGCCACGGGGAUUUACUUCAUGUCCUUCGUCACGACAACCUUGACGUUCUACCUUGCUCGCUCACUCAACCUGUUUGCUCUCAUCCCGAUGCCCACCAUCAGAUCUCUGUUGUCACAGCAGGUUCCAGCAUCCUUAUGUGGCACCACUCUCACCUCCCUGCAGUUGGCGCUGAAGUUUGCCGGUCUGGCCUACAUUCCUGCCUUUACUAAGAUUUAUCAGGCAACCCUGAACUGGUUCCCUGGCUUCGUCUUCACGCUCGCCAGCAUCAUAACUGUACUGGCGAUGAUACCCGUCAGUGUCAUCGGCUGCAGAUCACUUCGGUGGCGACAGUACGUGAGGAUUCAGGGAGACUGAUGGCACCAAACUGACCGUCAGCAGUGUGUCAGCAUUGGUAUGAGGCAGAGGGGAACUGAGACUUGAAAUGGGCAAAAGGAGAACGGUGCCUUUAAUCUCACUUCCUAUAUUGUUAUAACUGCAGACACUGCAGGAGAGGAGUUCCUACAGGCUGUGGCUGUAACAGGAGGAACAGACGGCAGGUUUAAGGCUUACGCAGACUUGUAUAUGCACAGGUAGAAUUAAAUAAAAACACAAUUGGCAAAAAAAAUGUACAUAAUGAAAACAACUUUUGACACAGAUACAGGCAAUCAUCAACCAGCAGAAUUCAUUGGCCAGUGGAAUUUGUUGAAGUUAAACUCAAGAACAACCCAGUGUGAUUUCAACAUAGUGUAGAUGUGUGACUGAUGUGUCAGACAUGAAAAGUCCCCCUGUAAGCACCUUUUAAAGGAGGAGAAUGAACUAAAAAUGACUGACUCGCACAUUUGAACAAGUUUCCUGUCCGGAUAUAAAUGAGGAUUUUACAAUGUUCACAUUUUGUAUCGGAAUUAUAAACUGACUUUGGCUUUAUUACUUCUCAGUCCUCCACAGACUCUGUUCCUGAACUGUAGAUUGAUUCACUGGCUGGUUUACAGACCUAAUGACCAUGAUGAAUGACUAAACAUUCAGCCGAACACCAAAGACACAAAUAUGGAGUAAUUUAAUGUUGUCAUAUACCAACUGUUGUCCUCCAAAAUAGCAAUACGUGUAUAUAAAUAGAUUAAUAUGAAAAUAGAUGCACUAAAUAUUUUUUUGGAGUGCAGAAAGAGUUAUAUGCUGACGUGUAAUCCUGCAGGCCAGGAAAGGCUGACAGAGACUAGUUUAAAAAUUUACUUUUUGUAUGACAUUAGUGGGGUAUUUUUAAUAUUUUGAAUUUCUUUUAUUUCAGUCUUUUUUAUCCAUACAUAUUUAAACACUUGUGCAUUUAAUCAUGUUUUCUGUUCACUUGUCUUUGUUGCUUAUAACAAUUAUGUCAGUUAAUUCUGAAUUUGGUUAAAAAGCACUUUAAACAGCAUUUACUGAUUUGAAAGGUACUGUAUAUGGUUUGAUUUCAUUUCACUGACCACAACAUUGCCUUUGCACAAAAAAAAAAAAAAUUAAAAAUGUUUUUGUGUAACUGCACUGAGAUGCGUUUUUAUAAAUACAGUAAUUAUGCAUUUCAGACUAUAGGACUACAAGUGCAAGUGACUUUAAGGUACUUACAGUCGAUAUGAAGGGAAGAAAAAACAGCCUUGUACUAUUAUGCAUUAUAUUUGUGAUGCAUUUCUUUAUAAUUGCACUUUUAAUUACAAUGCUUUAAAGAGCACACACACAAAAGGGUUGCUGUCAAUGACUGUCAGUAGUUGUUCCACCCUGAGGUAUAGUUUUUGUUGGUGUAAGGGUUAGGACAAAAUGUAAAAUAUUUGCAGUAAUGAAUCAUAAAUCUGCAAGUUUUGUAAAGCCUAUUUUUUGUAUAAAUGUAUUUUUUGACUAAACAUUCCUGGGGUAUGUUUUGGGGGUUUUUUUUGGUUUAGUUUUGUAUAUGAGACUAACUGAAUGCAGUAUUGUGAAAUUCACUUUAAUUCUGCCAAUAAAAACAUUUUAAACAUAUAAAA